ACACCAGAAUGGAAGUAAUGAAAAUCACAACUUUGCCGGUCAAUCAUAUUAUUUUUGACAAAUAUUAUUUUUCAAUCAUAAGUAGUAAGUUCAUUUAAUUUAUUUAUUUUAUUGUGGUCAGAAGUUGACAUUUACUUUUUUGUCACUGUGGCUAGUGAUUUCACAAAUUUCCUUGCCUCUCAGCCUUUUCACUGGCUACGAUUUAUUUUUUUUAGUCGGGAAAUGACAUUUUAUAUGACUUAAUACUGCACACAAAUGCUUUUUGUCAAAAGUCAUUUGACCUAUUUAAAGGGCUUUUCCUGUAUUAAAUGCAUAAUUUGUUCAUAAUAUAAUACAAUAAUAUAGGGCUGUUAUAUAUUUCAUUAAUAUAUGGAAUCGGUAUCUACAAAAUCUAUCUUUCCACUGAACAGAAGUGGCUGGAGAAGCAUUUAUGACAGCACGAAUGCAUUUAAACCGAAGAUAAGCAAACAACCAAAACGAAGAGGAAUAGAAAAGAAUCAAACAUGGCAAAGAUUAGCUCAUCAGAUCUUGAGCUCUUGAGAUGUGUCACCUUUACACAGAGCGUGCCUCAUUGUGAAACCGAAAGCGAAAUUGAACAACCACUCAUUCAAAAGUGAUUUUAAUCUCCCACAUAUUGGUGUUGCGCGGAAUUUUUUUUGCGGUAAUAUGGGUAGCUAAAUAUCUGUUUUUCAAUAUAAUUGUUAGAAAAUUGUUAGAAUCUUCAAAGCAUCGCAUUCCUGUACUAAAUGCUUCAUGAGAAACAAAAUGCAUCCCACUUUCCAAAAACAUUUUAAUUUAUUUAUUUCAGCAGAAAAUAAAAAGAGUGCUUACAAACCUGGGAAUAAACAUAUACAGCAUUGCGUCUGCCACGCAUCUACACUGCUGUACUAAGCAUUUUGGCCAGUAUGAAACACAAGAACUAUUUUUCUGCUAUUUUUUCGAGAAGCUCUACAUUUGGACUAAACGUUUCUCUAGCAUUAAACUAUGCGGCUUUCAAUAAAAUGGCAAAUUUAUAAAUAUUAGCAAUCAAAAGUAAUGCAUGACAAUCUUAAAUAUGGAAAUGUGUGUUAUGUGUCCUAAAGCCAGUAGAACCCAGUAGAAAUAGCUACACACGUCAAAAUAGCUUCAUAAUAUGUGAUAUUUGGUCGUGAGACAUGUAAGAACCAGCGACUUGAAUUACUAAUAUAUAAUAUUACAAAAAGCACUGUGUAUGAGGUAGCGUUAUAACACUGUAUAUAUUGUGAAUCAAAGCAAACGUCUCUCUGAAAAAAGUUUAGCAAAAAUAAAUGUUGCUGUAAAACAAUAAUGAAGUUAUGAGUACAUAUAACAUGUACCGUAACGCUGCUAUAUAUAUAUAUCACCUCAUCCUCUCCAAAGGUUAGAAUAUACUGUACUCUCAAAAUAUUUAAAAUAUAAUCUUUAUUCUCAAAAUAUUUGCACUUUAUUCUUGUUAUAUUUUGGCUUUAUCGUCUCGAAACGUUACGGCUUUGUUCUCAAAACCAUUCUCUUGUUUUUCGUUUGUAUUUCAACUUCAUUCUCAGAAUAUGAUUUUAAUCUCAGAUUCGUCGAAUUUUUUCAUCUUGCAAUGUGGCGUUAAAAUGCUGUCGCGUCAUCACGUGGAGGUUUUACAUGAUGACAUAAGUUGGAGUUUGAGCGAUGCACUUUUAAUCUGCUUUAUAGUGUCUGCUAUAUAAGUGUGUGUGUGUGUGUGUGUGUGUGUGUGUGUAGUAUUUUAGGAGUGUAAUGGUUGAUUAUAAAGUACUGUUCGUGUAACGCACCUUCUAAAACCACUAAAUGAUCUUCCUCCGGAAAUGGUCUAAAUGUGUUAAAGAAAAAUAGCCUAUUUCCUCUCUGUCUGUUAUAGCAAUUCUCAGUCUAGGAGGGUUUUUUAGUCCUGUAAACACAAUGGUGUCGGGUGGAGGAUUCGUUUACAUCACUUUUGAAGUGCUCAUCGCAGUGGGAUGCUGUCUGGGAAACACGCUGGUGAUCUGGGCUGUGUGGAGAAGCGGAGCGCUGAACAAACCCACUUUCUGCUUGAUCGUGUCUCUGGCGGUGGCUGACCUGUUGGUCGGGGCCGUGGCGAUUCCUCUGGCCGUGACCGUGGACAUCCACAUCAAAAUCCCUUUCCACGCCUGUCUCUUCUUCAGCUGCUUUCUCAUCGUUCCUCUGCAAGCAUCGGUGCUCACUCUCCUGGCCAUCGCCGUGGACCGAUGUCUGCGGGUUUGUAUCCCAUUCAGGUACAAGUCUACGGUCACUAGGAAGCGCUCGUGGUUCCUCGCCGCUGUGUGCUGGCUGCUGGCGUGCGUUCUGGGCUUCUUACCCAUGUUUGGAUGGUACAACCGCGACACGCUGACGCGUUACAACUCCACCUCCAUAAACUGCGAGUUCAUUGACGUCAUUCCCGUUUCAUACCUCGUGCACUUCAUCUUUGAGGGCUGUUUUCUUCCUCCGUUGGCUGUCAUGAUCACUCUGUAUUGCUACAUCUUCUUCAGAAUCAAAAGUGGACGAGCGGGUGCGUCGGCCGAAACCAGCGCAUACAAAACUAAAGAGCACAAACUGGCCACGUCUCUGGUUUUGGUCUUGGCUCUUUUUAUCGCCUGCUGGAUGCCGUUGCACGCGCUACAAUCCAUCACGUACUAUAACCAGAGCGUACGCGUGCCGCCCGUCGUUUUUUACUUUGGCAUUCUCCUCUCUCACGCCAACUCCAUAGUGAACCCUGUAGUGUACGCCUUCAGGAUCCCUAAGAUAAAGCGGGAGUACGGGACGAUUUGGAGGAGGGUGACUGGUCAACAGCAGCAGGCAGAAAUGAACAGCAGCAAGACUCCUGCAAGUUAUACCACUGACAACCAUGAUGGAAGAGUUCAUGUGAAAAUCAGUCCACUGGGGGGAGUCAAUGACAUGACUGACUCAACAGCACGACAAAUACAGGCCAAAGAAACAGAAUAAAUCUAUAUAUAUUAGGUGUGUAAGGGGCAUAAUGUAUAUCGUACGAUUUGGUCAUUUUCCAAAUCAUAGCGAUUAUCCCUAUACCCUUGUUAGUGGAGACUUGAGCAUUAUUUAGUCAUUUUGAAUGCACUUGUCAAUGGGACUGCUUUAAAAAUGAUAAUUAUACAUUACUAUACAUUAUAAGAUAAUUGGCCACGAUAGUACUAACGAUACAUUGAACUGUAAAGAGUUUCAUUCAUUUUUAAAGCUACGUUUAGAGAAAUCCAUACCAUGUUGGCAACUUUUCUGUUAAAUGUGUAGAUAUUUAAAACGUCUGCAUCUUGUUAGGUUUAAAGUUGAAUUAACGGACGGGACGACAUACGUUCUCCUAAGGAGGACGGGGUCUCAAAUUGUUGACUGUAUAUGUUUGACCCAAUCUGUCUGUAACAGAGCUGGCAGAUUUAUCUGUUAUUACAUUGAUUUUCAGAAUAUUUUAUAAUAUAACACAUAUUUAAAAUGACAUAUUUAACAUUUUUUGAGGUCAGCAAAUAUAGAAAAUGUACAAUUUUAA